AUGUCCUCGUCGCUGAACCGCGUCGGUCACCACCAACAGCACCAGCGCCUUCCUCAACCGACGGGUCUCUCCGAGUCCGCCGUCCCUCACCAGGCCCUGGUCCGCGUGAAGGAGUGCUUUGAGAUCAUCCAGAAUGAGUUUGAGGCUGUCGCCAAAGACAACAACUCUCACUGGCAGGUGCAGCGCGAGGAGUACGAGCUGCAAAGUGAUGAGCUGGGCCUGAUCCGGAAAACGCUGUACGACCUCGAGGCGGCUCAUGGAAAGAUCAGGGCAGAGUAUGAGGCCGAGAUUGCUCGUCUGCGUCGAGAGUUAGAAGCUCGCGGGCCACCCGGUAACGGUCCUGCACCGGCAUCUCCUCCUCAUCUUCCGGCCCCCGGAGGACCGGAUGGUGAGCGCGGAGGUGGCCCCGGUUACCCUCCUUCCCUCCCGGGACCCCCUCUGAGCGGCGCUGAUGGAGCGGCGCGCUCACCGUACGCGUCGGGGCCGAUUCCGCGGCCAGUCUCCACCAGCCUAGAGCGCAAGGGCAGCGACGCGCGCGCCGUCGUUGCGCCUGGCAGCCCCACCCCUCACCUUUCAGAUCUGGACCCCGAUAACGUCUCGCGAGAGCUGAAGAAGGAGGGCUCUGACUGGUUCGCGAUCUGGUCUUCUCAGACCAAGAAGAAGCUGGACGUCUCGCUGGUGCACUCCCUUGUUCACGACACGGUUGUUUGCUGCGUCAAGUUCUCGCACGACGGCAAGUAUCUCGCGACGGGAUGCAACCGCACGGCGCAGAUCUAUGACACAAAGACGGGCGCGAAGACUUGUGUUCUCAUGGACGACACGACAACCAGGACGGGCGACCUGUACAUUCGCAGCAUCUGCUUCAGCCCCGACGGCCGGUUCCUUGCGACAGGUGCCGAGGACCGCCAGAUCCGUAUCUGGGACAUUCAGAAGCAGCGCAUCAAGCACCUCCUGCAGGGCCACAUGCAGGAGAUCUACUCGCUCGACUUUUCCCGUGACGGACGCUUCCUCGUCUCGGGCUCUGGCGACAAGUCGGCGCGCGUGUGGGACAUUGAGAAGGGCCAGUGUGUGUUCGACCUCCGUAUUGAGGACUUCAUUCACAACGAGCAGGGACCGAUCGACGCCGGCAUCACGUCUGUCGCUCUGUCGCCUGACGGAAAGCUCGUCGCUGCUGGCUCUCUGGACACGAUGGUCCGCGUCUGGAACGUCCAGACGGGACACCAAGUCGAGCGUCUUAAGGGGCACAAGGACUCGGUGUACUCUGUCGCCUUCUCGCCUGACGGCAAGUAUCUCGUGUCUGGCUCGCUCGACCGCACCCUCCGCGUCUGGGACCUGUCGCAGACGAAGCGUGCGCUCGACUCUGUCACCCCCGGUUCGAAGGAGUCGCUCGAGAAGGGCCUCGGCACAUGCGCCUCGACACUGAACGGCCACAAGGACUAUGUCCUCUCGGUAGCGAUUUCGCCCGACGGACAAUGGGUCGUGUCUGGUUCCAAGGACCGCUCGAUCCAGUUCUGGGACAUGACGACGGGACAGGCCCAGUUUAUGCUGCAGGGACAUAAGAACUCCGUCAUCUCGAUCGACCUCGCGCGAUCGGGCGGCCUGCUCGCCUCGGGCUCCGGCGACUGCCAAGCUAGGAUCUGGAGCUACUCACCGGUUUCUUAG